AUGAGGUUCAUCAUCCGCGACGACGCCGAGCAGGCCAGCGUCUACGUGGCUAAUUAUGUUGUUGAUCGUAUCAAGCACUUCAACCCAACCCCAAACCACCCCUUCGUCCUCGGCCUGCCUACCGGCUCAAGUCCUCUCGGCGUUUACAAAGUUCUAGUCGAAAAGUACAAGGCUGGCGAGAUAUCUUUUGAAAAUGUCAUCACCUUCAACAUGGACGAGUACAUCGGCAUCCCCCGUGACCACCCAGAAAGCUACCACUCUUUCAUGUGGAAGAACUUCUUCCAGCAUGUCAACAUCAAGCCCGGCAAUGUCAACAUCCUAAAUGGGAAUGCUCCCAACCUUGAGGCCGAGUGCAUCGACUACGAGGCCAGGAUUAAGAGCGUCGGUGGGAUCGACCUCUUCCUCGCAGGCAUUGGCGAGGAUGGCCACAUCGCCUUCAACGAGCCCGGCUCCAGCCUGGCAUCCCGAACGCGCGUCAAGACACUGGCCUACGACACGAUCCUGGCCAACUCGCGCUUCUUCGGCAAUGACCUCGAGAAGGUGCCCAAGAUGGCACUGACUGUGGGCGUGCAGACGGUGCUAGAGGCGCGUGAGGUCGUGGCCAUCAUCCUUGGCGCAAGGAAGGCCCUGGCGCUGCAGAAGUGUAUCGAGCAAGGCGUGAACCACAUGUGGACACUGUCAAGCUUGCAGCUGCACCCUCACCCCAUGAUCGUGUGCGACGAGGACGCUACUUUGGAGUUGCAGGUCAAGACCGUCAAGUACUUCAAAUCCAUAGAAAAGGUGGCCAGCAGCCAGGGCUUCGAGCAGAUCCUGCCAUCCUCGAUCCGGACUGGUCCCAAUGUGAAGAGCUUCAAGCCCAUCUCCGCCCAGCCAGUCCCCACGACCGUCAUCGACGAGGUCUCACCCCCAAUGUCACCCAAAGAGUCCUCCCCGACAAUCCUCAGCCCUCAACCUACCACAUCAAGGCUCUUACGUGCCUCGUCUCCAGCCAACGAAUACCCCGUACGCUCCGUGUCUCCUGAUUUCGACCUGAUUCCAGACCGGAUGGCCGACCGCAUGCCGGACCCGGGUUUCGCAAAUAGGCGAUUGACUCCCAACCCAGAAGCACAGAAUGCUAGGCAGGUCGGCGUUUACUAG